GUCACGUGAUGUAAAUACGAAAUGUGUGUAAACACGUGCACACGUAUUGGUGACAUUCAGCACACCGGUGAAAAUAAUAAGAGAAACCAAACAGAACACUAGGGAUGAAAGGACAAGGAGAAGAUAUCACUGACUGACAUGUCGUUGCUUUAGAGCAAACAUUUCCCUCCCAGCUGUCAAGAGCUGUACUGCAUGGAAUCUGUCCAUGUAAAAUUCUGAGGACCACAAAGAAGCUUUAAUGCUUAAAGAAACCGACACAACAGAUAAUAUGAAUGGCGUUAUUUUGGAAGAGGAUACUGAAGAGACAGAGCAAGAGAGCACGAGGAAAUGUCAUGGAUGUAGGGCAUUUUGUCACAACUUAUGCAUGCCAUGCAGAACAAAGUAUCACCCUUUACCAGAGAAUCCAAACUGUUGGGAUAGAUUUAAGUUUACAUUUAUGUGUCCACCACAUGGAGUGAUUGCUAGAUAUUUUCGGUUCCUGUUUCUCUGUGGCAUAACAUUUGGCGUACUAUUAGCAUUAUUUAAGGACUAUGCCUUACCAGGAGGAAAUUUCUUCUCACUCUACGUCUUAUUUUUUGGUUCAGUUCUUGGUGGUUAUUUGAUAUCGUUCAUCAAGUUACCUCCUUUAUUAGGUAUGUUAUUGGUUGGUGCUUUACUUAGAAAUGUUCCAGUGAUUGAUGUAGUGGGCAAUCAUCUAGAUCCCAACUGGUCAGGUGCUUUAAGACAAAUUGCAUUGACAGUUAUUCUUAUACGAGCAGGACUUGGACUAGACCCUGUAGCAUUAGGGAAAUUGUCUUUCACCGUUGUCAGACUUGCCUGUUCUCCUUGCCUAGUAGAAUGUAUUGCAGAAGCUAUAGCAUCACAUUUCCUUCUUGGAUUACCUUGGGAAUGGGCAUUCAUGCUUGGGUUUGUUUUAUCUGCGGUUUCCCCUGCAGUUGUAGUACCAUCUCUCCUGAACCUGUCAGACAGAGGUUACGGUAUAAAUAAAGGAAUUCCGACAUUAGUGAUAGCCGCAGCUAGUAUAGACGAUGUGUUAGCCAUUACUGGUUUUGGUGUUGUACUUGGUAUGGCGUUUUCUACAGGUGAUAUUGCUGUGUCUAUAAUAAAAGGACCAGCAGAAGCACUUCUAGGUGUGGCAUAUGGAGUGAUUGGUGGUAUAGUUCUCUGGUACAUUCCAGCUAAAGGGGAGAAUUUCAUUUUCUACCGAGGAAUGACAUUACUAGGGGCUGGAUUAUUGGCUACAUUUGGUAGUGCUGCAAUAGAACUGUCUGGAGCAGGACCUCUUGGUGUUCUUACUAUUGCAUUUGUGGCUGCUUUCAGAUGGAGGAAAGAGAAAAAAGAAAAUGAUCAGGACCCAAUCAAAGACAUUGUUGCUAUUUUGUGGAUGUUGUUCCAGCCCAUUUUAUUUGGACUAAUUGGUGCUGAAGUACAAAUAUCAAAAAUAGACGGACAGACAGUUGGUUUGGGAAUAGCAACUCUUUCCAUUGGUAUGGUAGUUCGACUGGUCGUAUCAUUCCUGGCUGUGUUUAAAUCUGGUCUAAACUUCAAAGAAAUGUUAUUUAUUCCAUUUGCAUGGUUCCCAAAAGCUACAGUUCAGGCUGCUAUUGGAGGUGUAGCACUUGAUGCUGCCAGAAGGAAAGGUGACGCUACAUUAGAAGCAUAUGGAGAAAUCAUCCUUACAAUGGCGGUCUUAUCCAUUAUCAUUACUGCACCAAUUGGUGCAAUAGCUAUUGCCAUCACAGGACCAAGGUUAUUGAAAAGGACAGUGAAAGACAAAGAAUAUAAUGAAGAAGAUGUGCAGGACACUGAUGAGAAGGCAGAGAUUACCAAAGUUUAACAUCAAUUCUAGUCAUUUCAUCUUUUUCAAACAUAUUAGCAUAUCAUUUGUGAAUAAAUACCUCACUAUUUUAUAUUUAAAAUUGUUUUAAUGUUUAUGUGUCUUAAUUUACAUGACAAACUAGAUGAUAGAUUAUGUAGUGAAUAU